UAUAUCAUUGAACCAAGUCACCAAACACAAUGUUCUCGGGCCCCUCUCCUUCGUCAUCGCCCCUCAGCUUUCCGACAGAAACUCAUUGCUGAAAAAGCUGUGAGAUUCUGAUCGGGGAAAAAAUGGUCAUGUGGGUAUUUGGAUAUGGUUCUUUGAUAUGGAAAGCCGGCUUUAACUUCGAUGAACGCAUCGUUGGAUUUAUCAAAGACUAUCGCCGUGUCUUCUACCAAGGCAGUACUGACCAUAGAGGGACUCCUGAGUUUCCAGGAAGAACAGUCACAUUGGAACCUGCAGAGGGGGAAGUCUGUUGGGGAGCUGCCUACAAGAUCUCAAAGAAGGAAGAUCAAGAAAUUGCUUUAGAGGUAGACUCUUAUCUUAAGCACUUAGAAGUGAGGGAGAAGCAGUAUGACAAGAAGGCUUAUCUUCAUUUCUUUACUGAGCCGACGGGUACGACUCCAGCUCUUUCAGGAGUAAUGGUAUAUAUUGCCUCUCCAGAUAAAAAGCUUAAUGUGAACUAUUUGGGUCCUGCAUCCAUUGAAGAUAUUGCCAAACAGAUUGUUCAGGCGAAAGGUCCCUCAGGACCUAAUAGAGAGUAUCUUUUUAAACUUGAAGAGGCCCUUCUUCAAUUUGAAUGCAAAGACAAACAUGUAUCGGAUCUUGCAAACGAAGUGAGGCGGAUCAUUUCAGAGAGGGAGCUCACUGCUUCAUGAGGCCGGGAACAAAUGGGAACGAUGAUUUUUACAGGCCAUCACCCAACAGAGCAAUUGUUCGUGUAUAAUUCUUAUAUAAAGUGUGGUUAGAGUCUUGGAUAAAACAAUAUCUGUCGUUAUGUGUAGCCUUUCGAUUACUUAUGAUGGCACUGUGAUAUAACCGUCAUUCUUGAAUUCUUGUUCAUGUUGAAUUGUUAUGCAUGUAACAAGAGUCAUCCCAUCAGUAUAAAUGUAUAAUAACAGUUGGCUGAAAAGAGUCACCAUGAGAUGUACGAACUUAUUCCACACUGUUGCAGGGGCACACUGUCUUUUUGGCUUUUCACGUA